GAAGCGUUGCAGAAGCCACUGAAGGAAACCGAAGCCAAGCGGGAAUCUCCAAGAGAGCUGAGUGUGAGCGCUUUUUCUCCCCCCCCCCUUUCCCCUCAGCCUCCACAUCUUCAGCUGUGGAUUACCAAGGUGGCCCCCACGGCUCCUUCUGCCCCCUUCCUCCUUGGCGGGAGUUGUGGGGAAAACGCCAGGCAGCUGCAGCCACAGUUUCUUCUCGACCGCCUCCUUUUCCUUGCCUCAGCCCAAGGAGGAACCUGCUUGCCUCACAUCCCCAACCAAGCGGGAGCCCGCGCCGCUUGCCGCCACCGCCACCACCACUACCACCACCACCACAGCCGCUGCUUUUGCCCCUGCCGUGAUGCCAUGCCCCGCAGCUACAGCGGAGGAGAUGACAAGGGCGGCUCCGCCGGGAUCUGGUUAAAGAGCAGCUCGGCGGGGCGCUACGGCUGCAGCGGGAGCAGCAGCGGCAUGAAGGAUGUGGAGUCCGGUCGGAGCAGGGUGCUCCUGAACUCGGCGCCCUCCCGAGGGGACGGCUUGCUCCUCCUGGGCACCGGUGGCGGGUUUGGCUUGCGAGAGAGCCGGCGAGGCAAGCAAGGAGGAGCCCGGAUGAGCCUGCUGGGGAAACCGCUCUCCUACAGCAGCAACCCUAUCUACCGGCGGAACGCCAAGUACCGGAAGCUGCAGAACUAUCUCUACAAUGUAUUGGAGAGACCCAGAGGCUGGGCUUUCAUCUAUCACGCGUUCGUUUUUCUCCUUGUGUUUGGUUGCUUGAUUUUGUCAGUAUUUUCUACUAUUCCUGAACAUACGUGGCUUGCCGCUAGUUGCCUCUUCAUUCUGGAAUCAGUGAUGAUUGUUGUCUUUGGUUUGGAAUUUAUCAUACGCAUCUGGUCUGCUGGCUGCUGUUGUAGAUAUCGUGGAUGGCAAGGAAGACUGCGAUUUGCAAGGAAACCUUUCUGUGUAAUAGACAUCAUUGUUCUCAUCGCUUCAAUAGCAGUUGUUUCUGCAAAAACUCAGGGUAACAUUUUUGCAACAUCAGCACUCAGAAGUCUUCGUUUCCUACAGAUUCUUCGUAUGGUACGCAUGGACCGAAGAGGAGGAACUUGGAAAUUGUUAGGCUCAGUGGUUUAUGCACAUAGUAAGGAAUUAAUCACAGCUUGGUACAUUGGGUUUUUAGUACUAAUUUUUUCAUCCUUCCUUGUCUAUCUGGUUGAAAAAGAUGCAAAUGCUCAGUUUUCUACAUAUGCAGAUGCUCUGUGGUGGGGCACAAUCACAUUAACAACAAUUGGUUAUGGAGAUAAAACGCCUCUUACUUGGCUAGGAAGGCUGCUUUCUGCAGGGUUUGCACUGCUUGGCAUUUCUUUCUUUGCGUUACCUGCUGGCAUUCUAGGGUCAGGAUUUGCAUUAAAAGUACAGGAACAGCAUCGUCAGAAACAUUUUGAAAAAAGAAGGAAUCCUGCUGCCAGUUUAAUUCAAUGUGUAUGGCGUAGUUACGCAGCUGAUGAGAAAUCGGUUUCCAUUGCUACCUGGAAGCCUCAUUUGAAGGCCUUACAUACCUGCAGCCCUACAAAGAAAGAACAAGGGGAAGCAUCAAGCAGUCAGAAGCUGAGCUUUAAAGAACGGGUGAGGAUGGCUAGCCCGAGGGGCCAGAGUAUCAAGAACAGACAAGCUUCAGUUGGGGACAGAAGAUCGCCAAGUACGGAUAUUACUGCAGAGGGCAGCCCAACAAAAGUGCAAAAGAGUUGGAGCUUCAAUGACCGAACACGCUUCCGGCCUUCCCUGCGUUUGAAGAGUUCUCAGCCUAAGCCAAUACCAGAUACUGAUGCCAAUCUUGGGGCUGAUGACCUAUAUGAUGAAAGAGGAUGUCAGUGUGAUGUAUCAGUAGAAGAUCUAACUCCAGCACUUAAAACAGUUAUCCGAGCUAUCAGAAUCAUGAAAUUUCACGUUGCCAAAAGGAAGUUUAAAGAAACUUUACGUCCCUAUGAUGUCAAAGAUGUCAUUGAACAAUAUUCAGCAGGUCACCUGGAUAUGCUGUGUAGAAUUAAAAGUCUUCAGUCUCGGGUUGAUCAGAUUCUUGGAAGGGGACAAAUUACCACUGAUAAAAGAAGUCGAGAGAAAAACACUGUAGAGAAUGAGACAACUGAUGACCUCAGUAUGUUAGGGCGUGUAGUCAAGGUGGAAAAACAGGUCCAAUCUAUUGAAUCAAAAUUAGAUUCAUUAUUAGACAUUUACCAACAGGUUUUGAAGAAAGGAUCUGUGUCUGCAUUGACUUUAGCUUCAUUUCAAAUGCCGCCUUUUGAAUGUGAUCAAACCUCUGGUUAUCAGAGUCCUGUAGAUAGUAAAGAUUUGUCUAAUUCUGCUCAGACUAGUGGAUCUGUUUCCAGAUCAGCCAGUGUCAACAUGCCAUGUGGCCUACAGCUUAUAUUGACACCAAAUGAAUUCAAUACUCAAGCUUACUAUGCCUUUAGUCCAACUAUGCAUAGUCAAGCCACACAGGUGCCAAGUGAUGGGUCUGUAACUCUGUCCACUAAUAAUGCACUAAACCAAAUAAACCAGACAUCUAGACCAACAGCACCCACUACAUUACAGAUACCCCCCUUUUCAUCAGUGAAGCAUAUCAAUAGGCUGGAGCCUAUUAAUUUUAUUCCUGUUAACACACAGGAAAAUACUUCUGAUGUCACCACUUGCCUUGUUGCUUCAAAGGAUAAUGGACAAAGUGCACAGUCCAGUGUGACAAAGGAUCUUUCAUGGAGAAAAAGCCUUGACACAGAGAGUGAUCCUCUAGUCUCUGUGAAACCAAUGGUACAAAUGGAUAUAGGAAAAUCACUGUCGGUACAAAACCUUUUACAGUCAACAGCUGAAGAACUGAAUCUACAGAUUUCUGGAAGUGAUACCAGUAGUUCAAGAAGUAGCCAAGAACUAUAUAGCAAAUGGAGGGAAUCAAAAUUAUUUAUAACUGAUGAAGAUUUGGAAACAGAGAGAGAAAAUGAAACUUUUGAAGCCAUUACCCACCCAUUGGUGGAAACAACUCUCUCUACUGACUCUCUAAGGACUGGAAUGUCAAGAUCAUCUCAAAGUAUUUGCAAGCCAGGAGACAGCACAGAUGUUCUCAGCCUUCCUCAUGUCAAACUUAAAUAACAUUUUGUUGGUUUUGUUCAAAGCUAAGUAAUCCUUUCAAUCAUACAUAUCAAGGCAUGGACAUUUUGAAAGCCCUUUAAUUAUUUUUUUAAAAAUAAAUUAGUCCGGAAGAAAGGCACUUGUAUGAGUCCAUAUAUUUUAGUUGCAUGUAAAUGCAUGUAUAGAUGAUGGAAAAAAAUAUUCUAAUUUAUACCUACAGUACACUGGCAUUUUCAUUUAGUACAGCAGGUAUAAAUGAGUUACCAACGAAAUUCAUGUUAGUUUUAUUAAACAUUUGGAAAUCAUUGAGUUUCUACAGCUCAUAAGUAAAAUUUCAAAUAAUAGGAAAGUAAUUUUGCCACUGGUUAAAAUAAAAGCUAUUUAUGACCUGAAUUAGAUCAUACCUAUGUUUACAAGGGGGAUGGAGGGUGUACUAUUUGCAGCUGCUAGUAAGAAAAACCCACAGUAUGAGAUUAGAAAUGGCUGCUAGUUGCAAGCUAAAAUUAUUCAGCUAUUUUAGAAGAAUUUUGAUUUCUGUAUUCACUUGAAGGUGUAGGUACAGGAUUAAAUCAAAAUAUUUUGCACAGCACUUUUUUAGAUUUUUACGACUGAAUUAUUACUCCUCCUUCUCUUUACAGUGUUCUUCUAUGAACAGUUCAAAAUUCCAAAUCAUCCUGGUUGAUCUUCAAAGUAAAAUUUUCUCUCUAACUUUCUAAAUUCAUAGUUGAUCUCCUUGUGAAUCUUAACUAUCUGCCAGAAAUUCUGCAAGAAAUAGAUGCUUCUUCCUUGAAUGUAAUUAUUUAAAUUAUCUUCUGUGGCUGAAUGAUAGCACAACAGGAAGUUAGCAAAAAGAGA